AUGCGUGCAGAGCCAGAUUCGCCUGAAAGAAAUGAGAGCUCAAGCAGUAAGUUCUGGCGGCGGCGGCGGCGUGAACUUAGCAACAGGUGGCGUGGGCUGGUUCUCAGGAACCGCUUGACCGCCCUCGUGGUGGAUAGAGUGAGUGUGUGCCGGCUUCUAGCGUAUUACUUGCUGGAAUCAGUUGGCGUAGAGACAAAGAUGGCUGAGAGUGGGCAGGAGGCACUCGAGUUCAUCGGGGAGGAUUACGACUUGAUCCUCGUCGACAGAUACACGAAUAACAUGAACGGUCUCGAGACCAUACGGCUGUUGAGGGAGAGGCACAUGCGGAGCAAGAUCAUCGGCCUGACAUCCGGAGAGAUUGAGAUUGAUAGGGCGGCGAUGAUACAAGCUGGAGCUGAUGACUGCUUGGAAGAGCCACUGCGUGCAAAUGCUUUGGCCGAUAUCCUGGCAGAGAUCGACCGCCGCUGA